AUUGUGCUGUAGAAGAGGGUUGAUAGUUGUUAAAAAUGUCUCAGAUGCAGCUGCUGAGACUGUUCAUCAGUGAGCGGCUGAGUGCAGCUGCAGAGGAGAUCUUUGCAGCGGUGCAGAGGACGUUAACAGAGGCUGAGGAGGAAACUGCUCGCUUCAAACAGGACAGUAACCAUCAUGGACUUAAAGAAGAGGUGCACUUACACAGCAAAGACCCACCUCAGGUUUUUGUCUGUGCAGGGGUGCAGGAACUCUACCAGCAGGCGUGGAGUCCUGAGAGCUGCCACAACAACCCCGCUGUAGGCCAGGAGGACUGUGACCUGCUGGUCCAAGAACCUCCAGCAAUCAAACAAGAACAGCAGGGGUCAUGGAGCAGUCCAGACACUGAGGGAACUGGCGCCAACACCUUUAAAUUCCCUCCUGUUUGCGUUUAUUCAGAACUGCAAAGUCAUGACACAGGAAUUGAAGACAGAAAGCCUGAACUCAGUUCCUCUGCUGACCACAGAGAGGAGGGAAAUCCUCAACCAAGCACUGAAUGUUGCACUUUUUUGCCAGAUUGUUCAGUAACUCUCAGUAACAUGGGGUCUGAGUUGAGUUUAGAAACACUGACAGACUACAGCACCAGUAAAGAUGUGAAAGUCCACACAAAGAGCCGCACAAGGAAAAAACAGUUGACUAAAAGUUGUGAACCACACACCCCGACUCCACCAAACCAAGACGCACAGAGAAGCGGCAAAUCCUACUGCUGUCGUUUCUGUGGCAAAGAAUUCAGCCGCAGCGUUCACCUGGCCACACACACUCGUAUCCACACUGGGGAGAAACUGUUCAACUGUGAAGUGUGUGGUAAGGAAUUUCGACAUGGCAACAGCGUGAUCGUGCACAUGAGGAUUCACACCGAGGAUAAGCCGUACCGCUGCAGGAUCUGUGGGAAAGAGUUCCGCCAUGUGGGCAAUUUGAACGUACAUAUGAGAAUCCAUACAGGGGAGAAACCCUACAGCUGCAAAGUGUGUGGGAAGCAGUUCAGUCGAAAUAAUUUGAUGACAAAACACAUGGCUGUACACACAGGGGAGAUGAGUUUAGGCAUGAGGAGUGUCUCAAGAAGAGGUUCAGUUGGCAUGCCUUCAUGAGAGUUUUGAAAUCCAGGGUUAAUGAGAUAAUGAUAAAAAAAGAGGCAGAUAUGCCCUUAUAAAAUGAAAGGAAAGGAGAUGAUGGGUUCCAAUAGCUUUUGUGUGUAAAUUAGUUAUGAUUUUGAAGGUCAAAUCAUCUUUUUCAUACGUAAAAUCCGGACUAAUACCUUUCAGGUGGUAAAGAUUUUUCUCACAAUAAUCAUAUAGGCUUAGUGUCUCUUCACAUCAUCUUUUAUUUGCAUUUAAAUGUAACAGAUAAGACCUUCUUAUAAAACUAAUGUUUUAUAAUCCCUGAUUAAAAUUUAGUUUAAUCUUUAUACAUAUUUAGCAGGAAUAAUGUGACUGGAUUUUGGUGGGAAAGAGAAAUGAACUGAUUGGUUUUAAGAUUUGGGAGUAACAAUGGAAAGAAGGAAUUACACUGGUAGAUU